UUCAUGUUGAAAAAUAACAAGAGAAAGAGAGGGCGGAAAUAAAAUGUGUGCUCUUGAGAAGACAAGGCAAAGUUUUGAAAAUGAGGACAUACACCAUUUUAAGCUUGCUUCUUUUGCUGAGUGAGGGACUUCCUGUUGUGGUCUUUGCAGAAAAUCUAACAGUGACGGUGGGAGAAGACUUCACAGAAGAAUGUUGGUUUUAUACACCUGGAAGUAAAAAAAUCUUCUGUAAAAAUGACUGUAAUAAAGAAGAAGACAUUUUAGUGAAUACUACAAAGGACAGAGCGGAGAAUGGCAGAUAUAGUAUUCAAUAUGAGGAAGAGACCAACAUUAUGUCAGUGAGAAUUGAAAAGGUGCAGAUGUCUGAUUCGGGACAGUACCAGUGCAAGUUGGAAACGAUUUUGUCUAAUAUCUGGUGGGUUAAAGAUGUCAGCGAUGAAUUUAAGAUCCAAGUCACAGAAGAUUUUUCUGAUUUAUAUGUCAUAAACGGGACCACCAUCAGACCUGAACAUGAAUCACAGUCUCCAGCACCACACGACUCGCCACCAUCAGCAGAUUUUCUAUUGUACAUGGGAACUACAGUGGUUCUGGGGUCCCUCUCUGUUGCUCUCCUCAUAUUUUACUGUAAAAAGAAACUAAACAAAGACAAAGAAGUUCCAGUGAACAGUGAAUCUGCUGAAGGCCUAGAGGGGGGCAGGGAGUACGAGGAGGUCCCGGAGCAACAGGUCCAGAGCUCUCCUGACUUUUACAGUUUGGCCUUAGCUCCAGCUCAGGCAGAGAGCGUUGACUGCAUUUACCAGAACACAGAACCUGGACUUUACUGACCCAAGCCACACCUACAACACCCUGUUUAUCCAGCAGACACUUUGCAAAGCAGUGGUCUCCAAAUUUUUCCCUCUGGUGCGCUACUUUUACAAACCGAAAAUACCAGAGAGCUACUUGUUUUAACAGUCACAAGAAAUGACUAUAUAUAAAAGCCACGUGGCACAGUUAGAUGCCUAGAAAACAUAAACCAUUAUCCAUUUAUUAGUGCACAAACUUACACUGCAAAAACCUAAAUCUAGCCAAGUUGAGAUGACUAGAAUUUAGAAAGUUUUAUCAUUUAAGUAAAUUUCACUUGACAACUAAAAUGAUCUACCAAUGGAAAAGACUUUUGGUACUUGCUCCACUUAAAAUAAGAAAAAACAACAACUUUAUACACUUAAAAUAAGAAACAAGCUUACUUGUCCAGUUAAAUCUACUGAAAUAAAGCAAAAUAUUCUUAAUUUAUGUCAUUUUAAUUUAGCUAGUACUGGAUUUUUGCAGUGCAGGCAUCAAAAUGAUACAUGUACUGUGGGAAUAGGCAUUUAAUCAAAAUUUUGCUUAUUCAACACAAUAUGUAUAAUUCAGAAAUCCCUUGGUGAGCUACUUGGAGGGGGGUAGAAAGCUACUGGUAGCUCCUGAGCUACAGGUUGGAGCCCCCUGGUGCAAAGGGUUGGGUCUGAGCCUCCCUUAUCUUCUGUGACAAAUCACAAGCGUGAACUCGACAAUAUCUCGAGCUACAUGGAUGGUGUGUGAUCAGGGCUCUGCUGUUAAAUCAUCACAAUAUAUUACCAAUUAAAUGCACUUAUCUGUAAAUUAAGUUUGUUUACGUUGCACCAUUCCUCCUCUGUAAAACCAGCACUGAGUUUUAUUGGGUGAUGCCUUGUGUGAAAUAAAAGAAUCUGAGGUUUUUAUUCAGUUGUACUAAAUUCAUCUACCAUUAAUACUGCUCCUGCUUCACUUGCGAUGGAACGAAGGUCACAGUAACUUGGAGUCUAAAGGCCAAAUACAACAUGUGUUACAAUAAUGAUGAAGUCUGGCAUUAAACUUAUCUGCCUGUUUAGAAUUACAGAUGAAAAACUGUUGAAAAUGCAUGAUAUUGUUGACUUAAGUCUCCUCAAAGUCAUGUAUAAAGCAAAGUGCGAUGUAUUACCUGUAAAUAUUCAAAGACUGAGACAAGAACAAGCCACUACAAUUUAAAAGGAACCUAUAUGUUCAAAAAACGCAGAUUCAGAACCAAAAUUAUGGAGCAAAGCAUCACUGUGAAAGGAAUUAAUUUAUGGACUAGUCUUGAUGAAGAAGAUAUAAAAGAAUCAAGUAUAAUAAUGGCAUUUUACAAAAGACAUAAAAUCCAGUACAAUGUGUUUGUAUGAAAAAGGAAACUAAGUUGUUGUGCAUAAAAGUGAAGAUUUCUGUUUGCAACUGAUUAAUAAUUGUGCCUGAACUGAAAAGUACUGAUUUGAAAAUUUUUAGUAACCAUGUGUGUUGAUGUACUGUCUG